UUUGACCUGCUUUAAACACCUGUCCCCCGGAACUCUCUGAAUACAGCUUCCUGUUGUGGUUGAACACCAGAAAUGUUACUGUGAAUCCAGUUCCUGGUUUAAUUCUAAGAUUAAACAUGGAUCUUUUAAAAGCAGAAAUCGCGAGGAAAAGGAAGAAUCUCGAAGAGAAAGAGCUAGUUGGCGAGUCGAAAACAUAUUUUAAGCGCAGUGAACUUGCAAGAAAGGAAGAAGCAGAAUACUUCGAAAGAUGUGGUUGCAAGGUUUUUAAUGAGAAGCCAGCAGGAAAGGUACAGAAGAAGGAAGAUAAAGACAAGGCAUCCACUUCCUCCAAUCCAGUGUUGGAGCUGGAACUCACAGAAGAAAAAUUGCCCAUGACACUCUCCCGACAAGAGGUAAUAAGGAGUCUGCGUGAACGAGGGGAGCCCAUUAGAUUGUUUUCAGAAUCUGAUUACGAUGCCUUCCAGCGUCUUAGAAAAAUAGAAUUUUUAGCUCCAGAAGUAAACAAGGGUUUAAGAAACGAUCUGAAAGCUGCUUUGGACAAGAUUGACCAGCAGUAUCUAAAUGAAGUUGUAGGAGGUCAGGAUCCAGGAGAGGAGGACACACAGCAUGACUUGAAAGUCCAUGAAGAAAACACCACCAUUGAGGAACUGGAGGCUUUGGGUGCAUCACUGGGACAAGGUGAUGAUGACAAAGACAUGGAUGUUAUAACCAAGGUGUUGAAGUUCCUUCUUGGUGUCUGGGCAAAAGACCUCAAUGGCAGAGAGGACCAUGUUAAACGUGGUGUCCAGGGUAAACUGACCAGCGCCACCCAAAAACAGACAGAAUCGUACCUGAAACCUCUUUUCAGGAAACUCCGCAAAAGGAGUCUUCCUGCAGACAUCAAAGAAUCAAUAACAGAUAUUAUUAAAUUUAUGUUGCAAAGAGAAUAUGUCAAGGCCAAUGAUGCAUACCUUCAGAUGGCUAUAGGAAAUGCACCUUGGCCUAUUGGUGUGACUAUGGUUGGUAUUCACGCCCGCACAGGCCGUGAAAAAAUCUUCUCCAAACAUGUGGCUCAUGUCCUGAACGAUGAAACCCAGAGGAAAUACAUUCAGGGAUUGAAAAGAUUGAUGACAAUCUGCCAGAAGCAUUUCUCAACAGACCCUUCAAAAUGUGUGGAGUACAAUGCUCUGUGAUCUCCUCUUUAUCUAUUGUGCUUUGUAUGUGUUCCAGAGAAAUGAUGCCCAUGUGGACAGCUCAGAAUUACUAGCAUUAUUCCCAAGAGUGGCUUCCUUUUGUUAGUUUAAUCUGUUUACAUUUCAGUUUUAUGUAAAUUUAAACAGGUUUCCUCAUCAAACACCUGUUUUUGUUUGUUUUUUAAACAAAAAUAGAAGAGGAGAAAUGACUACUGUAUUAUGUAUUAUUUGGUUCUGUCUGUUUGUGAAGAAAAGGCAAAAUUCCAUAAGUUUUACCAUGUCUUUCAAGGAAAUGUUUUUUAGUGUCACAGAUUUAACCUUUAAUGACUAGACAAAUAAUUCCCAUGUCACGGUGAACACAUUACCACACCAGUAAAUGCACUGUUCAUAACUGAGUAAUGCAUGUGUAUUUAGUUAUUAGUCUAUUAGACUCAUGGGAUAAUAAGAAUGAGACGUAAGGUGCACUUGGUGUGUUCUCGCUGGAUAAGGAAUUCAGGCUAUAUUGUAAACUAGCUUCACUGUUUGUUUGUAUGUUUGUUUUUUUGUUUUUUUUAAUCAAGCCUUCAAUGAAAUUGACUUGAUAAGUUUUAGACUAGUAACAUUCUUUUGUUUUGUUCUGUUAACAUUGAAGAAGCUAUGUAAUAUUUGGAUGGAAGGCCUACUGUUACUUUUAAUACUUGGGCUAAAGUAAUUGUCUAAACAAGAUAAAACAUGCUCCUGCACUUCACAGGACUUCCAGAAUAUAUGCAUUUAAUAAAACAAAUGAAAACCUA